UAUACAAUUUCAAGUCCAGUAUUUUAUUCAUUAAAAAAGGAAAAAAGACAAAAAUGGUCCUCAAAAUGAAAUCACAGGACGGGGCACAGCGUGUCGCUCCCGUUAGAGGUCACUGCAAAGCGCGCCCAGUGAGGUCUCAAAGUUCAGCACCUCCUCAGGGGCAUGAGGCGUUUACUUUAGAAAGAAGCACUGUUUUCACUACAAGAGAAGCAAACAUAUACCACGUACACCUUUAGGAAGGCCACAAGCCUGAGCCAAGUCCCUGCUGACUCGGCCCAGCCCUUCUAGGUCCCUCCCCCGUCCCGACCCCUGUGACCUCUCGCCCAAAUCGCUCCCUUGGGCUCCGGGGCACAGAGACCCCUCCAGGCGGCGGGGCGCUCCCACCUGAACCUAGCACUGGCCGCGGGGCCCGCACACACGGACACCCGCACAGUCACAGACACUCGCACACUCCCAGCCCCGCGCACGCUCCCAUUGGCUGGAAGCAGAGGGCGGGGCUGGCCAGACCCAAAACAACAACCUGCGCGCAGGGACUUUUACUCUGCGCCGCCUCGUAGCCUCAACCUGGUGCGGCCCGCCCGGGAGCCACAGCCACCUAAGCCACCCCAUUCCCCCACCCCCUGUCGUCCGUGCCCAGGCCCCGCCUCCGCAGGGUUAUAUUGGGCCCAGCGGAAGGUGGAGGCCAGACGUAGGGGCUGCGGGCCAGCGUGGAGAUGCUUCUCUGGAGGCCGAGGGCGGAAAGGCGGCUGCGGGAGCCACAGCCUCAGGGACUCGUCUCCGUGGGCGCUCAGGGCUGAAGACACCAGACCCUCCCCAAGGGUGGCACGCAUUUCCGUGCCCCGUGGACGCCUGCCUGGGACCUGCGACGUCCAGUGAAGAAACCCUCCGGGUCAGAGAGCAGAUGCCUACGCUUCUUCCCUCCAGCAGGAAAUCCCAAGGCCCUUAUGGCUGGGCAGCAGACGUUAAAGCCGCACCCUUGCACACAUUCACCCUGAAGUCUCUUAUCCUCGAACUGAAGACAGCGCCUACCCAACUCCUCCCUCUUCGCCCCUCUUAGUUCACCCAAUAAGCACAACCCCUCCAACGAAACAUUCCGGUGGAACUGGACUCUUCUACGGAAAAGUGACUGUCUCUCACAAGAGGAGGGAGAGCUCUCUGGGAGAGAAAGGCGAGGACUCCUGGACUUGAGGUCGCCACCCCGCCCCCCGCACCAGCUUCCCAAGACCGCGCAAAGGAAAAGAGCACGGCACCGAGCCAGGACAGGGUGCGUGGGCAUGGAGUCGGAGGUGUUCAGCCCCCGUGCGGCCCACGAGAUCAAGCCGGGUAGUGACCUAGAGGGCACAGGAGGUAGCGACGCGCCCUCUCCGCUGUCCGCAGCCGGCGACGACUCCCUGGGGUCGGACGGGGACUGUGCCGCCAACAGCCCAGCAGCGGUAAGCGGCGGUAAGCGGAAUGCGAGAGGUGCGCCUGCCGCCGAGGAGGAGGGCCCGGUUGCGGCGGGGGUCGUAGAGGAGGGCGCCUCAGGGCCCGGGGCCGAGAGCGCAGGGGUCGGUGAGGGCGGGCGAAGCAAGCCGUACACGCGGCGGCCCAAGCCCCCGUACUCGUAUAUCGCGCUCAUAGCCAUGGCCAUCCGCGACUCGGCGGGCGGGCGCCUGACCCUGGCUGAGAUCAACGAGUACCUCAUGGGCAAGUUCCCCUUCUUCCGCGGCAGCUACACGGGCUGGCGCAACUCCGUGCGCCACAACCUUUCGCUCAACGACUGCUUCGUCAAGGUGCUGCGCGACCCCUCGCGGCCUUGGGGCAAGGAUAACUACUGGAUGCUCAACCCCAACAGUGAGUACACCUUCGCCGAUGGUGUCUUCCGUCGCCGCCGCAAGCAAGAGGCCAUGUCUGCCCCUUAUCUGAGAGAGCUGCAUGUGGGGUGUCUUAGACCUUCCAGCCUCAGUGCAUUAGGCAGUGCUCGUGCUCCCACAGUGGAAUUGAGCACCACUUCUCAGAGCACCGCCUACCCUUCCAAGGGCAGCAGGAAGAAGUCUAUACUGAAAGGACGGGUCUGCUAG